UACGUUUACACGCUUGCCAAGCCUUGUCAAACUGCAAACAGUCCCAAGCCUCCACAAAUCUCGUUUGGCGUUUGAAAGGCGUUUAUACGCUUGUGAAUGCGUCAGUCUGCAAUAUACAUCCAAGCAUGGCGGACGCCGAACUUGUGAAGGCUAUUGCAUUUGGUUUAACGUACUUUUAUUUGAAAUGUAAGCAAAGUGAAAUAAAAAAAAGGAGAGCUCGACGACAGCGAAGAUGGUGGAUGAAAAAGAUUCAUCAUAAUCGUACCAGACAAUUUAUAGAAGAGAAAUUUAAUGAACUUUUAUAUGAACCAUCUGGAGAGUUUGAUAACUUCUGCCGAAUGAGCUAUUCUGAUUUUGAGUUUUUACUGCAAAAAAUUUCACCAAUGAUAUCCAAGCAUGAUACAGACUUCAGAGAAGCUAUACCAGCCAAAUUUCGUCUUGCCAUUACGCUACGAUUUUUGGCAUCUGGUGAUUCUUACAAAAGCCUUCACUUCUUGUUUAAAGUAUCUGUCUCUAUGAUAUCAAUAAUCAUUCGUGAAGUUUGCCGAGCUCUUAAUGAAAUUCUAAAGGAUCUAGUUAAGAUGCCCACCACAGCAGAAGGAUGGCUUAAUAUAGAAGAAGGAUUCAGGACUAAAUUUCCGCAUUGCAUAGGUGCAUUGGAUGGCAAGCAUGUAGUCAUUGAAAGCCCAACGCAUAGUGGAACAGAGUAUUACAAUUAUAAGAAAACUUUUAGCAUUGUCCUUUUGGCUUUAGUGGAUAGCAAAUACAAAUUUGUAUUCGCAGACAUCGGGAGUCAAGGAAGAAUAAGUGACGGCGGCGUCUUUAAUAAUUGUUUACUAUGGAAAAGAAUAAUUAGAAACGAGAUAGAUUUUCCACCACCAUGUCCACUUCCAGGAUCGAAUAUUAAUAUUCCAUACGUCUUUUUAGCUGACGGUGCUUUAGCAUUGAGUCAACACAGUUCGUUUGACGUAUAUGACAGUAGUGGAAAUAUGGUUACCCCUGGUUCAUGGCGUAGAGAUAACGACGAAUAUAAUGCAUUGCAAAAUUUACCACAAAUACCACGAAGAUCUCCGAUGCAUGGUUCCAUUUGA